ACGUCUUAGGACGAAUGAUGUUCAGAGGCUAUCGGUGCCCAUGCGGAUGUCGGUGAAGGAAGGCCGGGCAGUCGUCUAGUCAAUAGUGCCGACCGACCUGAGGGUUCAGGUGCUCUUCCCAGGAAAGCCUGAGUUCGGCGGAUAGUGGCUUCAACCUGAGCACGGCAAAAGUCCUGCAGAGAUUCUGAGCCGCAUAUAAGGGCCAGCGCGUGGUACUUUGCUCGACAGCGAGCAGUUUCAUACUCAAGCUUAGAACACCAUGCGUCUUACCACUGUCCUCGGUGUCGUUGUCGCAGUAUUCGUUGCCCAUGCCGCUGCGCAGAGCUGCCCCGGCUGCGAGUCGCCUACGGGCUGUCCCGGACUGUGUUUCCAAUCUGGCGGGCAGCCAUUCUGCAAGGGCUAUUGCGGCUCUACAGGUAUGAGCCCUUGUGGCGCCUGUGCCGGCCAGGGCGAUGAAGGGAAUUGCUACUAUGACGACUCAGGCGAGUGUUUCCUGGAGGUGCUGUAG